ACUGAUCUCUUCCUGUUCUGUACCAACUGAAGCAGGAAGUCUGUGCAGUGAAAUGGCAGAAGCAAAUAUUUCAGUAACUCAGGACCAGUUCAGCUGCCCAGUCUGUCUGGAACUACUGAGGGAUCCAGUAACUACACCAUGUGGACACAGUUUCUGUAGGGUUUGUAUCAACAACUGCUGGGAUCAGGAGGAUGAUAAGGGAACAUACAGCUGUCCACAGUGUAGACAAACCUUCACUUCAAGACCUGAUGUGAGUAAAAACACCAUUCUGUCUGAAGUUGUGGAGAACCUGAAGAAAACAAAACUUCAAGCUCCACAACCUGCUCACUGUUCUGCUGGACCUGAAGAUGUGGAGUGUGAUUUCUGUACUGAAAGAAAAUACAAAGCUGUUAAAUCCUGUCUGGUGUGUUUGGCCUCUUUUUGUGAAACUCACCUCCAGCCUCACUAUCAAUCUCCUGCUUUUAAGAAGCACAAGCUGGUUAAAGCCUCCAGACGACUCCAGGAUCAGAUCUGCUCUCAGCAUGAUAAACUGCUGGAGGUUUACUGUCGUACUGAUCAGCAGUGUAUCUGCAUGUUGUGCACCAUGGAUGAUCAUAAAGGACAUGAUACAAUAUCAGCAGCAGCAGAAAGAACUGAGAAACAGAAGAAGUUGGAGGAGAUACAGAGAGAAUCACAGCAGAGAAUCCAGAACAGAGAGAAGGAGAUUCAGAAGCUGAGAAAAUCUGUGGAGUCUCACAGGCGCUCUGCACAGGCAGCAGUGAAGAACAUUGAGAGGAUCUGUACUGAACUGAUCAGCUCUAUUAAGAGAAGAUGCUCUGAGGUUACAGAACUGAUCAGAGAUGAAGAAAAAGCUGCAGUGAGUCAAGCUGAAGAAUUCAUGAAGCAGCUGCAGCAAGAGAUUGUAGAGCUAAACAGGAGAAAUGCUGAACUGGAGGAGCUUUCACACAGUGAAGAUGCCAUCCAUUUCCUCCAGACUUUCCAGUCUCAUUUGGUCUCUAAUGGACCUGCAGAAUCACCCGUCGUCACAUUAAAUCCUCUAUCCACUUAUGAGGGUGUAACAAAGUCCAUGUCUCAGCUCAGAGAGAAACUAGAAGAAUUUUGUAAAGACGAGAAUGAGAAGAUAUCAUGUGGAGUGAGAAAAAUCUGGAUCAUUUCUUCACCUGAACCACAAACCAGACGAGAGUUUCUACAAUAUUUCUGUUCGUUCACACUGGAUCAAAACACAGUAAAUAAACACGUCCUUCUGAAAAACAAAGUGGUGACCUGGAGUGGAACAGAACAGUCGUAUCCUGAUCAUCCAGAUAGAUUUGAUCAUUCACACCAGGUUCUGUGUAGAGAGAGUGUGAGUGGACGCUGUUACUGGGAGGUUGAGUGGAGUGGGAAUUAUGGGGUUUAUAUUGCAGUGUCAUAUAAAAGCAUCGGCAGGAAGGGGCAUGUUCAUGGGUGUUUGUUUGGAGGUAAUAAUCAGUCCUGGAGUUUGUACUGUUCUCCAUCCAGAUUUUUAUUCGGACACAAUAACAAAGGAACUGAAAUUCCCAUAAUGCCGAGUUCUUCUAGAAUAGGAGUGUAUGUGGAUUACAGAGCAGGAACUGUGUCCUUCUACAGCGUCUCUGAUACAAUGAAGCUCCUCCACAGAGUUCAGACCACGUUCACUCAGCUCCUCUACCCGGGGUUUAUGGUUCGAAAAGAGUCAAAAGUUACACUGUCAUCCUUACAUUAGAUAAUUUCCUCCAUACGCCUUAACUGUCUG